CUUAAGACCUACUUGUUUGGUCUGGCCUUUACUUAAUCUGUUUUGUGUACUGUGUAUUCUCUUAUUGUACCUUUGCAUUAAUUGCUUGUGUUUCUUUUACCUUUUUGUAAAGCACUUUGUGACCUCGCUGUUCUUUAAAGGUGCUAUAAAAAUAAACUUAUUAUUAUUAUUUAAGAUAACUCCUCCGUGCCGCAUGGGGGCAGCAUAGCACCAGAUGACACCAUCACCAAAUUAGAAUCUUCUCAGUAUGCUAGCAAACAACAGAGAAGUGAAGUAGGGGAGUCGGCGGAGCCACCGUCACACAACUAUUCUUUAUAGACUAUUUAUUGCCUGUUUUCACUCGCUGACUUAUUAAUGACCGUAUGUCCAGCAAUAUUGUGCAUCGACCUUCUUCGCUGCAUGAACAGGGAACCCUCCAGGAGACCAGUUUUUGCUGUUAGCCGGACAGCUAAAGUUGAGGUGGGCAGUUGUUCCCUGGUAGUUAGCCUCGAUGAGGAAACACAACCCCGGCUUAAAUGCUGUAAAGAAGACUAACAAGCUUGUCUGGAGUUAGCUAGGUAGCCGCUUGUUUUAAAGAGAGUACCGCAGGAUGACAGAGGAUGCUGUCUUGCUGAAUGUUCCUGUCAUUCGGCAGCUGUACCACUGGGACUGUGGGCUAGCCUGCUCCAGAAUGGUCCUCAAGUACCUUCAUCCUGUUAGUGAUGAGGAGUUUCAGAGAGCAUGCUGGGAUCUGAAGCUGACAGAGAGUGUGUGGACAAUUGACCUGGCCUACCUCAUGUGUCAUCUAGGGAUCAAACACUGCUUUUGUACCCAGACUCUGGGCGUUGAUAAGGGCUUUAGGAAUCAGUCUUUCUAUAAGAAGCAUUUUGACACAGAAGAAGACAGAGUGAAUGAGCUCUUCCUCAAAGCAGAGAGCAAAGGUGUGGUCGUAAAGAAAUGCUCUGUGACAGUUCAGGAAAUCCAGUCUCACCUGGAUCAAGGCCAUGUUGCCAUAGUGCUGGUCAAUGCAGUCGUUUUGUCAUGCGAACUCUGCUCUUCACCCGUCAAAUACUGCUGCUUCUUGCCCGUGGGCCAGAAGUGUUUCUGCAGGAAGCCUGAGUACCAGGGUCACUUUGUGGUAGUGUGUGGCUUCAACAGGACCACUGGCUGUAUUUUCUACAACAACCCUGCCUAUUCUGACCGGGUGUGCUGCACCAGCGUCAGUAACUUUGAGGAGGCCCGUCGAAGCUAUGGGACAGACGAGGAUAUCCUGUUUGUCUUUAAGGAGAGUUGAUGAAAAGGGAAGCUGGACUUGGAUUUCAGCUCAUCAUAAUAGGG